AUUUCCGGUUUUGGUUGGUUCCAACCGGAACAGAGAAUGUGGCGCGCGCGCGAUGGAGGCUGUUGUUGCUUAAACUACACAGUUAACGAAUUUUAAAGUCCGCGCUCUAAAUGAUAACAGCAAACCAUUUUAAAUCCAAAAAGUAAACAUUAAUAAGAUAAACUUGUCACUGAGAAGAAACGGGGGAUUACUUUACGGUCGUAAUGCCUCGAAGAAAGAGAGCCGCCGGGAGCAGUUCGGACGGGACUGCAGACUCUGACGACUCCACAGAACACGAAAAAACAGACGGCUCUCACAGUGACGUAAAUCCACGCAGCAAUGCACGAAUGACCAGAGCCUCUGUCCGCCUCAGUCAGAGCUCUCAAGACGUCCCAGCAGACGUGAAACUAGUAGCAGAGAGAGACGAGUCGCCCCCUCGGACCCCUACAGGCAACGCUCCGUCAUCCGAGUCCGACAUCGACAUCUCCAGUCCCAACGCAUCUCACGAUGAAGGAGCAGCCAAAGACCAGAAGGACUCGGGUAGCGACCCGUCUCAUCGCCCCAAACGCCGCCGCUUCCACGAGAGCUACAACUUUAACAUGAAAUGCCCCACACCGGGAUGUAACUCUUUAGGACAUUUAACUGGAAAGCAUGAAAGACACUUCUCCAUAUCGGGCUGUCCUCUUUACCACAACCUGUCUGCCGACGAGUGCAAGGUGAAAGCUACCGAGAGGGAAAAGCAAGAAGAGGAAAGGAGUCAAACUCAGAACGAGGAGAACAGACACGCUACACGUCACCAGGCUCCUACAGCAAGGCAGGUAAAAUAUAAGGAGAAAGUUCAAGAACUGAGGAAGAAGAAGGACACCGGACUGUCGAAGGAGCAGAAAGAGAAGUACAUGGAACACAGGCAGACCCACGGGACCAGCAGAGAGCCGCUGUUGGAGAACAUCACGAGCGAAUAUGAUCUCGAGCUGUUUAGAAAAGCCCAAGCACGAGCUUCGGAGGAUCUGGAGAAGCUGCGCAUGCAAGGACAAAUCACCGAAGGCAGCAACAUGAUAAAGAACAUCCUGUUCGGUCGCUACGAGCUGGACACCUGGUACCACUCGCCGUACCCCGAGGAGUACGCUCGGCUCGGCCGCCUUUACGUCUGCGAGUUCUGCCUGAAGUACAUGAAGAGCCAGACCAUCCUGCGCAGACACAUGGCCAAAUGUGUGUGGAAACAUCCCCCAGGAGACGAGAUCUACCGAAAAGGAGCCAUCUCCGUGUUCGAGGUCGACGGGAAAAAAAACAAGAUUUAUUGUCAGAACCUGUGUUUGCUGGCUAAGCUGUUUCUGGACCAUAAGACACUGUACUACGACGUGGAACCCUUCCUGUUUUACGUCAUGACCGAAGCCGACAACACGGGCUGCCAUCUCGUGGGCUAUUUUUCAAAGGAGAAAAACUCCUUCCUGAACUACAACGUGUCCUGCAUCCUCACCAUGCCGCAGUACAUGAGGCAGGGCUACGGCAAGAUGCUGAUCGACUUUAGUUAUCUGCUAUCCAAGGUGGAGGAAAAGGUGGGAUCUCCUGAAAGGCCUCUCUCAGACUUGGGGCUCAUCAGCUACCGCAGCUACUGGAAGGAAGUCCUUCUGCGCUACAUGUAUAACUUCCAGGGCAAAGAGAUCUCCAUCAAAGAAAUCAGCCAAGAGACCGCCGUGAACCCUGUGGAUAUCGUCAGCACGUUGCAGUCGCUGCAGAUGCUGAAGUACUGGAAGGGGAAACACUUGGUCUUAAAGAGACAGGAUCUGAUCGACGACUGGAAAGCAAAAGAGACCAAACGAGGCAGCAGCAACAAGACCAUAGAUCCAGGUUCGCUAAAAUGGACUCCACCUAAAGGAACUUAGGAAGUCCAUCUGAAUCUCACAUUCUCUCUCAUUUCAGCCCUUCACACACACACACACACACACACACCAACAUCUUUUCCAAUGAAUUCACAACGUUCAUUGUUAUUUCGGUCUCCGUGUGGCCUUUGUACUUCUCUCCCUGUAGUAAUUAUUAUUAUAAGCUGUAAUUAUUUCACACGGCUUCUCUUCAGAGCACAUGUUUAUGAGCUUCAAAGGGUGACCUUUAAACUCGGCUCCAAGCAGAAGCAUAAAUACAAUUCCUACAAACACUUUUAAUCACAACACACCUUAAUAUCGGUAUGUUACCGAAGGCCUCGAUUAACCGGCUCUCCUUUUUUGUUACGAAACUAAACUUUAUAUAGGAAUCGGGUUCGUCCCCAGUCGGUGUAGGUGUCACUACAAAGUGUUUC